CUAAAGCGUAGUACAGCGGGUUUGGGUUUUAAUGUCAACCCGGGUCCUAGAUGUGAUGACUACUCAGUGAAUCCUUAUUAUUUAGCGAUGAAACUUAAGUGAAGGCUCAAACAAGCAAAAACACAAAGUAAGUUAAACGGUUGUUUUCAAGUCGAGAGAAGUCACCCGCAUAUGGUUCCCCCUAGACUGCAGUUAAGCCGGAUUGCAAUUUACCAAGUUCAGUUUUAGUGAUAGUUAUACUGCGGAAGGUUCUUAAGCAGUCUGAAGUCUCGACUAAAGGUCUCCAGACCCUCUCAAUCUGAGUCCCCAGCGGGCGACUAACCUCCACUGGAGUAAACAGGUUGAGGCCCUAACGAACCAAACCUCCACUACCGAAGUAAAUUCGGUACAGAAUAGGGAAUUGGCUCCUCGACUAAAGUCGCCAAUGCACUACCUUCAAUUAAGGGUGCUCUAUCAACCUAGGCAGAUAUUCUCUUUCUAGGCUAAAGCAGAAAUAACAGGAAUUUGAUCAGGAUUCAUGCCAUUCAACCAUUCAAACCUCAAUUGAAUAUAAUCAGAUCAUAGAAUCUGUACUUGGGUUCAUACAAUCAGACCUAACAUACAAAUCUAGGGUUCUCCAUACCCAGAUGAAUGAGGGAGUUACUCCAUGGAGAGAGACUUCAGUUGUGCCUUCUCUUGCAAUGAUCCCCUUUAUAGCCACAUCCUGACUCGGCUAGAAACGAUGCAUAGGCAAACAACGCCUUAUCGCUAAUGUCGCCCCCUUCUCUCUCUAAAAUUUUCUUACUUCUCUUUCUAAAUACUAAAAGCUGAUUUGAGCAUUGGAUUGCUAACAGACCACGGUGGUCCGCUAGGUGCUUUGUGUGCAGUGUGUUUGGUGCCUCAUAGUAGGAAAAGAAGGUGAGGAAGGCGACUAAUUCCGAGGAGAGGGGGAAGAAGGGCCCUCGGCCUUGGAAGAAACGAACUUGGCCCAAACAAUUUGUGCGCCAUAUAGGGGAGUAUAACUGAAGCAAUAUGGAAACACAUAACGCUAAGGAGGGGGAAAGGGAGUGCAAACUAACAGAGACGACCAUGAGCAAACCGAUAGCGGUGGAAGGGGAGGAUAGGAGCGCAAGCCACCAAGCUGAGGAAACCGUACGAUUGGGAGAUGCCUCACUCGCGAAGGAGGAUUUGAUUCAGAUCAUCGAAAAUCACGAUCAAGUGCUUGAAAUUUUGAAGAAGGAAAUUGUGGCGCUCAAGGAAGGGGGAGACACCCAGCCAACCCCGGGGUCCAAGCGCAGAGAGAGGGAUGAGGAAGGUGAGGGGGUGCCUAGCUUUGUCAGGCGCAGAGAGGAAUUGGGGCACCUAACUAGGCACCCUGCGUCGGACUUUGACGAACAAAUGGAUGGGCACAAAGGCGCAUGGGAAGGAGUUGGGGCGUUCUGCAGCCCCUGGCCAGGAACAUCCUCUCCGAGAAAGCUAUCUCGGCAACGUGACGACUAUAGAUAAUAUGAGAAUUGUGUGUUGUAUUAUUAACAAGAGAGGGGCAUUUAUAACCCAGAUUGACGAUGUACUAACCAUGUACAACUAGGAAAGGAAUACUUGUAUUACAAGGAAACUACAACUACGAUGAAUCAACUCUAUUAUGCCCCUACAAGAUGGAGGCAGUCUCAGCGAGUCCAAUCUUGGAACUUAACAGCCGAAACCAAGCUAGGGGCAACGACUUAGUGAGCAAAUCAGCAAGCUGAGUAGCAGUACGAACAUGACGCACCAGAAGCUGUCGAGACUGGACCAGCUGGCGAACAAACAAGUAGUCCAAGGAAAGAUGCUUCAUACGAGAGUGAAAGACAGGAUUGGUGUUAAAGUUGACAGCACCAAGAUUAUCACAGUAGAGAACAGGAGUAGACGAAGGCAACUGAUGACGCGAAAUUCGCAAGAGAAAGAGCACGAUACUCUGCCUCAGUGCUGGAGCGAGCGACAGUCCACUGUUUCUUGGACUUUCAUGAAAUGAGUGUAUCACCAAGAUAUAUAAUAAAAAAAACAGAAGUUGAAAAACGAUCAUUUGGAUCACCAGCCCAGUCAGAGUCGGAGAACACAUGUAGAGGCAACGGAAGAGCAUGACUAGUGAUGCGAAGACUAAGAGUGCGAGUACCAACAACAUAAUGAAGGAGAUGCUUAACUUGUUGCCAAUGCUAAGUAGUGGGCGCAUGCAUGAACUGUGACAAGCGGUUAACAGAAAAUGCAAUGUCAGGUCGAGUAGUAACCAGAUAGUGAUACUGCAAGGCACCAAGCACCUGUCGGUAGAGUUCGGAGAACACAUGUAGAGGCAACGAAAGAGCAUGACAAUUUAUGCGAAGACUAAGAAUGCGAGUACCAACAACAUAAUGAAGCAGACGCUUAACAUGCUGCCAAUGCUAAGUAGUGGGCACAUGCAUGACCUGUGACAAGCGGUUAACAAAAAAUGCAAUGUCAGGUCGAGUAGUAACCAGAAAGUGAUACUGCAAGGCACCAAGCACCUGUCGGUAGAGUGUGGCAUCCGCGAGAGGACACAACCGAGAAGUAGACAUUAGUGGCGUAGGACAGGGCUUGGCAUCAUGCAUCUGAAGCCGAGUCAAGAGAUCGACAAUGUAGCGAUGCUGAGAGCAGAUAACCGAACGUCGUAGGGAUAACUUCAAUGCCAAGAAAGAAGUUAACAGGACCAAGAUGUUUGAGAGCAAACCGAGUAGCCAGCGACACUGAAACUCGGCCAAAAAUGAAGGAGUAUUACUCGUGAGCAGUAAGUCAUCCACAUACAUGAGAAAAUAGGCAGUCACGGAACCACGGUGGUAGACAAAUAACGAAGCAUCAGACCGUGUCUUCACAAAGCCACAGCUCUCCAAGAAUGAACUAAGAGCCUCAUA